CUUUCAUCCAUUACCUGGUACCUAGUUCAAGCAAUUCUACCUGGUUCAAGAAUGACAUCUUCAAGCACGGCAACAAGCAAUGAAGAGUUAAGAUAUCGCAACAUGUAUUGCCCCAUUUGUAGCAAAAGAGCAAUUAUCAAAGUUUCUGAAUUUGAAAAAAAUUUUGAGAAGCUAUACUGCAAAUGUCCAGAUGAUUCCAAUCACUUUUUUAAGUGGAUGACUCUUAUUACUCUCCCCUCUUUGGAAAUUAGAAAUGAAAGGAUGGAUGUAUGA